CCGCCGCCACCACCGCCGCCGCCGCCGCCACCACCUUCGUCACUUCAGCAUCUGUCUAACAGCAACAAGAACAACAGCUGUACUACGGCGAUGAAAAGGCCGUCGUUUCUGAUCAAAGACAUUCUCGGAUCGAAUCACCAUCGCCGCUGUUUCCAAUCAAAGAAAGACUCAAACAGAACGAAUUCAUUAUCUUCAUCGUCGUCGUCGUCGUCGUCGUCGUCUUCGUCGUCGUCGUCGUCACCUUCAUCAUCGUCGCCGUCAUCACUAUCGUCAUCGUCAUCAUCAUCGUUAUCGUCAUGUCUGUCAUCAUCAUUAUCAUCGUCAUCACCCUUGUUAUCGCUGUCGCCAUCGUCGUCGUGCGCUUCGUCACUGCUAGCCGACUGUACGUUGACUUUAACUCCGCCCUAUCAACUUUACCCCGCCUUCCAGGCUUGUUUUGCCACGCCCCAUGGAGCCUCGUUCUGCAUACCAAGACCCGGAUUUUCAGUCAACAUGGACGCCAUUUUAGAACAGAAUGAAGCUGCGUUUUCUGUGCCAAUUCCGCUUCCCGUUUACGUCAGGACAAGAUCUCCAUCUGCUGACUGUCUCACAAAACCUAAAAAAUGUCGGCGAAGUCGAACGGUGUUUACUGAAUUACAAUUGAUGGGACUGGAGAACAAAUUUGAAACUCAGAAAUAUUUGUCAACACCAGAUCGAAUUGAACUUGCUGAAUCGUUGGGCCUGACACAGAUCCAAGUGAAAACCUGGUAUCAAAACCGAAGAAUGAAAUGGAAAAAACAGGUUAUGCAGAAAGGCGGAACAGAACCCCCAACAAAACCAAAAGGCAGACCGAAGAAGAACUGUUUCCUUUAUCCAGAAAAAUGUACGGAAGGUCAGUCAAUGAUCAGGGAAAUAGAUUUAAGUGAAUCGUCAAGUUGUAGUGAAACUACUCGGGAAAUUGAAUGAAAAAUACGAGUCGCGUAGAGAGUGAUGAAAAGGAAGGAGGGAGACAGGAAGAAAAAAGGGAAAGGGAGAGGGAGAGGGAGAGAAUGACUGGAGACAGAAUGAAAGAGAAUGAGCGAUAAAGGGAGUUUGUGUAUGUGAAAAAGAAAAAAGGAAUAGAGAGAGAUACAAAAUGGUUUACAAACGGAUUACACUGGACAAAAUGUGAACGAAUAUUUUUUUUUCAUUAAUCUAUAUAUUCAAAUGUAAAAUAAAAAACAAAAACAAAACAAUUUUCAACGUGAAGAUUAUGGUACAGAACGAGAAAAUCGCAUUAAUAUGAACGGAAUAUGUUACAAUAAAUUGAAAUAUAUGUGUAAGAAAAAAGUAUAUACAUACAUA